AUGGCUCAUGUAGUCUCUCCCUUGGACCAACCUUCAAAUUAUAAGGAUUCUCAGACCCGCGUCGACCGCCAGAAGCAAAAUGAUCUCCUUGCAAAGUCAACAACACUUUAUAUUGGUAACUUGAGUUUCUAUACUACGGAAGAGCAGAUAUAUGAGCUCUUUACAAAAUGUACCAGCCCAGAGGAUGGUGGAGGGAUUAAACGAAUCAUUAUGGGCCUUGACAGGAACACAAGGACACCAUGCGGAUUCUGCUUUGUAGAGUAUUAUACUCAUGCAGAAGCUCUCGCAAGUAUGCGUUAUGUUAGUGGCACCAAACUUGACGAACGGAUAAUACGUUGCGACCUUGACUUGGGCUACAAGGAAGGUCGGCAAUUUGGACGGGGUAAAAGUGGUGGUCAGGUAAGAGAUGAACACCGGCAGGAUUAUGACCCAGGCCGUGGAGGAUGGGGUGCUCAGGCCCAACGGAUUGAAAUUGAAAGGAGGAGGGAAGUCGAGGAACGGUAUGCUGAUGCCCAGGAUGGUCCUGGUGCUGUGGCAGGUGGAGGUGGGGACUGGAAACAAGAAAAUGUAUCCCAAGUUGAAAAGAAAAAACGAGCAAGGUCACCAGAAGACGAAGGUGAAGGUGACAGCGAUGUACGCCUUGGCCAAAGACCAAAGAUGGACGAGGAAAUGGAAGCCGAAAGAAUGUAA